CCUCCUCAUCAUCAUCACAGAGGCUGCUCCUGCUUCUGCCUCUGCUGCUUCCACAGCCGCAGGAAUUAUGCUCUUCUUUCCAUCUGUGGUUUCCCCAGUUUGAUGAACAAACCUAUGCAAACCAAGUAGUUAUCAGAGCGGGGAUCUCCCCGUGUUUGUGUUUAGGAUGAGCAUGGAAGAUUAUGACUACCUGUUCAAGAUAGUUCUGAUAGGAAAUGCUGGAGUGGGGAAGACGUGUCUCGUGCGGCGCUUUACUCAGGGCCUUUUCCCACCUGGACAAGGGGCUACUAUCGGAGUAGAUUUCAUGAUUAAAACUGUGGAAAUCAAAGGGGAGAAGGUCAAGCUGCAGAUAUGGGACACAGCUGGACAGGAGAGAUUUCGCUCCAUUACUCAGAGUUAUUACCGCAGUGCCAACGCCCUCAUUCUUACGUAUGACAUAACCUGUGAGGAUUCCUUCAGGUGCCUUCCAGAGUGGCUGAGGGAGAUUGAGCAGUACGCCAACAACCAGGUGGUGACUAUAUUAGUCGGUAAUAAAAUAGAUCUGGCAGAGAAGCGGGAGGUUCUCCGACAGAGGGCUGAAGACUUCGCAGAGGCUCAGAGCAUGCUCUAUCUGGAGACCUCGGCCAAAGAGUCCGACAACGUGGAGAAACUGUUCCUGGACCUGGCCUGCGAGCUCAUCCGAGAGGCCAAGCAGAACAAGCUGGACAACAAUGACACUGCCCCGAUGCCCGGCGAGGGUAAAACCAUCAAUUACUUGAGCUGCUGCAGUCUCAACUAGAGAGACUCACGUGACUGGAGAGCCCCCGAUGCCUCUGUCCCUCUAAGAUGGCAUCCAGCCUCUCAGUUAUUUCAUUUCGAGUCCAUUACCUUUUUUAAAAAAGCUGUUACAAGGGAGUUAGUCCGCUUUAGUUCAGCUUUCCAGGCGCUAUUUUAAGACACCGCCAUUCCGGAGAACAUUAUCCUCAGUGCAACAGGAUAUAAAGUUACGUUUGUCUGCCUGGCGUGUCCAGGAAUCUUCAGUAGGGCUCUCAAUUUUGUCCACUUCAUGCUGAAAUAGCAGAAUUUUAUUCCUGUUUGCAGUUUCAUUUCAUUCAUUCAGCAUCAGUGUUUUCACCACCAGCAGUAUUAUUAUAUGAGUGAAAAGCUUAACCAGGUGUUUUGUUACAGAUUCAACAAAGCUGCCAUGACUGGAGGUUUUCGGUUAAUGUUUAUACACAUAUGCGUGUAAGUCUGAUCGAGUUGCAAAAAACAAAAAGCUUUUCAGGCUUUUUCUGUGGGAUCAGUUGCACAAUUAAUUACAGAAGCUUAUUUCUGCCACACCAGCUAAACAAAAACAGAUCAGUAUCAUGUUAUAACGUGAUAAGUUUAUUGUAAAACAACAUACAGAAGAACCUAUCUUCUAUAUCUUCUAAGGACAAGUUAUGAAAUUCAUACCAGAUGAGAUACGAUGAAAUCUGAACAUGAGCACAUUAUAUACCUUAAGGUAUAUACAUAUACAUAUACAUACACAUAUACACAUAUGUAGGUGGGUACACAUAUGACUACAUCCGGUUUUCAAAAUAAGGUGUUACCGCAAAUACAUGUAAAAGUAUUUUCCCCUAGAUUUGAUGUGGGAUAAAAACCUCUUCCUUCAAUAUGUAGUUCAUUAAACAUACUGCUGGACUAAGUACAUGAUAGACUACUGGCACAAGUACUAUAUUUAUUGUGUACUUUCUGAGUAAUCUACAGACAAAGUCCCUAAGAUUAGGCCUCUUUGACCAACUUUGAUGUCGGAAACUAUCACAUAAUAAUGUGACACGCAUAUUGUUCUAGCUAUAAAUUGUCACGUAAAAGCGCGAUAAACAGUCAUGUAAAAAAACGUGAACCAUAUAGUGUCCUAACAAUAAACGAUCACGUUAAAAACGCAGAACCUAUGUUGUUCUAAUGAUAAACGGUCACGGAUGCUCUGUUGUUAUUGUGCUGGUGUUACAACAAUACGCUUCCGUGCUUAAUCAUUCAUUUCCAACAAGUUUCUCUGUUGUUGUUGUUUUUUUUUGCUCUGAGAAUUGCAUAAAAUGUUAAUUAACCUUUUCAUAAUCUGAUAUUUUUGUUUGUGUAGUUCUUUGCACCUCGCAUUUACAGACUGUGAAAUAUUUGUUCCCAGUAGAUUGUUUUUCUUGCUGCUAAGAUAUCUUUUAAUGUCAAAUAACGUUAACUGAAACACACAUGCUUAUAAUCACUACUACACUGAAGCUGUUAUUAUUUUUGUGUACUAUUACAGUUAGUCAGCUGAUUUAGUAUGAAGCAAGAGGAUCUUUGAACAGUUUAAUAACUUGAUAAAAAAAUUAGUUUUGACCAUCAGCUGUAAACUUUUACCCUUUUACGUUAAUAUUUCUGCUUAGUUUUUUUUUAACCGUUUGUUCAAGUAGUUUUUGUACGGCUUGUUGUAUUUACUCUUUUAUUGUGAAAUUUGAUUGCCCUGCAUGUUUUUGCCAAUUUGUAGCGUCUAACUUAUAUAUUUUUUGCCAUAACUGUCAUGUACUGUAUUGCACAAUGCCGUAUACUGCACACUUAUUAUUUGUUAUUGUAGCAUUUUUGUUGUCUUUAGUUGUACAGACUUGGAGAACAUUUUGGCACUUUUGCUUUUAUACUUUUGUUUGUUUGUUUUUUUCAAUAAUCCCUUUGUACAACCGGCGAGCGUUUUUGUUUUGCCUUUUUAUCUUGAAAUGUAACAGCAUUGACUGUUGUUUCCUUGCAUCUUGUCAACACAGUAUAAGAAAUACAAAGGAAAACACUAAUGGGAUGUUGUGCUUUUUUUCCUUUUUGUGUACCAAAUAAUCUCUAAAACUACUCUGUAUAUUAACAUUAAAUAGUUGCACAAAA